GGAAUUUGUGAUGUCAGUUAUUCUCCGCCCCUUUUUGGCAGCAGCAGGAAGUUCCGGUGUGACCUGGGAUAGCAAGCGUAGCACCUGUUCCAGUGUAUGUGUGGCAACAACAUGUCUGUGCCGCUGCUUGCCGAGGCUGUGACGGUGUCGGGGACCGAGAAGGAGACAGCUGCAGUUAUCUUCCUCCAUGGGUUAGGUGAUUCUGGACAUGGCUGGGCGGACGCCAUGACGUCCAUCCGACUGCCCUAUGUGAAGUACAUCUGCCCACACGCGCCUAGAAUACCUGUUACCUUGAACAUGAAGAUGACUAUGCCCUCAUGGUUUGAUCUGAUGGGAUUGAGUCCAGAGUCUCCAGAAGAUGAGGCUGGAAUCAAGAGGGCAGCGGAGAACAUCAAGGCUAUUAUUGACCAUGAGGCUAAGAACGGAAUCCCCCCCAACCGGGUGCUUCUAGGGGGCUUCUCACAGGGCGGCGCUCUCUCCCUCUACACUGCGCUCACCUGCCAGCAGCAGCUUGCUGGUGUGGUUGCCCUGAGCUGCUGGUUACCACUACACAAGUCCUUCCCUCAGGCAGCGAGUAACAGUGGGAACCGGGAUAUGCCCAUCCUCCAGUGCCAUGGGGAGAUGGACCCCAUGAUCCCGGUGCAGUUUGGAGCCAUGACAUCCGAAAAGCUUAAGAGCAUUGUCUCGCCGCAGAAAAUCAGCUUCAUUACCUACCCCAAUGUCAUGCAUAGCUCCUGUCCUCAGGAGAUGUCUGCUGUGAAGGAGUUUAUUGAGAAGCAGUUGCCCCGAAUCUGACCUCUCUGUGACCCCACUGUGACCUUCACACACUGAUCCUCACCUUCAACCUGCCAUUCUCCCACAGGAAACAGCCAUGAACACAUCCCCAUCACACAUACCCAAGGAGCUACACACACACACACACACACACACACAUAUACAUACAUACACACAUAUAAAUUCAAUCUGUAACAGAAAUGCAUACCAACACACCAACACACAAACACCACAUUCAAAACGGCAAGAAACAUAUGCAUUAAUAAAUACACAGGCAUGGACAUUCAGUUGUACAUACUGUGAACAUUUCAGAAACACCUUGUUUGGACAUACUGUACCUUUGUGUACACGGAAGUAUUUGUCAAAUGUUACUGGACACACUGUUUGUAAACGCACAGGGUUAAAACACAGCGACUAGUUUGUGCUUGCUCUGGCAAACACACUCGUCCUGAAGGACCACUUAUUCACACAGUACGUCUUAAUAUGCCUUUAUCACACUCUGCCCCAAGCAACCCUCAACAUUCCCUCAUCAGCUGGCAUUCAUACUGUCUCCCUUUCGCUUUACCUCCCUCUGUCUUUCUGUCUACUCUUUCACUCUCUCACACCCACUCUCAUGCUGUGUGAGUAAGACUGCAAGGGAGUUGUACCGAAAACAUUAGGCCUUACCUGGGUCUGGACUUGUUGACCACGACCCAUUCCAACUACCCACCCACCCACCCACCCUCCUCCCACCCCCACCCUUCACCCAACUGCAUGCUGGGCUGAUCUGCUGGGCUGAAGGGCUCAGGUCCAAGCACUGAUGCCGCCUCUCGAUCUGACUGAUCCACACGUUUGGGGUUAAAUCAUUAAGAAAAAAGAAGGAAACAAUCCAAAUAAAAGACACCAGUGCUUCAUUCAAUCUAUCUAUCACCAUUCUGUUCUGUUCUGUUCUGUUCUUUCAUUAAUACCAUUUAGAUUAUGAAAAUUUGAGCAAUGAUGAAAUUUGUUUGGUUUGUCAGUAUGUUUUUUUUGCUAUUUGAUUGUGCUAUGCCUAAUUGAAGUGACCGAGAACUGUUAAUGUUACAAAGAUAGAGAACAUUAUUAAUUUGAUGCAAAAUCAGACUAUCACAAGGUUUUACAUCUGUGGUAACACAUGGCAUAUUGAAUAUAUAGUGCACUAUUAAUCAAGUUAUAAAAUAACAUUACAAUCCCAAACAUCUAAAUUGAUUAGUUUGAUUAAGAUUAGGAAGAGAGAGAAAAACAUAAUUUUGUGUCCUGCUUAUACCAGUUGACUUGUAGGUAUCAUCUAGCAGUAAGGUAGAAUUUCAUCAUCGUAGUGGUUCUGCACUGUGUUUCGGUUAAGACGAGACCGCCUGUGUUUUUACUUUGGUAGUUUGCUGACAUGUGAGGAUACAUUCAGAGCUAAUGGUCAGGAUUUGAGACGACACAUACACAUACACACUCACUCACACACAUACAUACACACAAACAUGCAUCGGCUGUGGCAACUUGCAAUGGGAAUAUAUCUCUUUUAAAACUAAACUGAAGAAUCAUUUGUUUUAAAAAAGUAUAAGUAUAUAACAGUGAAAUCAAUAAGAUAAUCUCCAGUGAUUUGGGAUUCUGCAUUGGACUCAGGAAUUGGUCCUGCAGUGCCGCUCUGCUUGGGUGUCCUGCACACGUUAGUUCUCCAUGGCUUGUGUUCUGUAUAUCUAAGAAUAUUGUUUUAAUGCUUAAUGUUAAUUGAACAGAUUGUUGUUUGAUAAGUGAUGAAUGUCUUACUCUUCUUUAUGUUCUGUCUUUCUCUUUCCACUCUUCCUUUGAAUAGUUGAUUUUCAAGCCUCCUCCCACAUAUAUUACACCACACCACUGUUCAUCUGUGAGUUUCAUCUCUAAACAGCACUGUCUGCUCCAUAUCCUGUCAAAAAUUAGUCUUACUCCUCAGAGGAGAUAAGUUUACUUUAUGAAUGAAACUCAAGGACAUUAGACCACAAAAGUGUUCUAUUUAAUUAAUCCGUGAAUCCACAGCUUUAGACCUCACAGGGCUCGCUUUCAUAGUUGACCCCAUCUCAAGCCCUCUACCCUUUUUCCGUAUUGGUCUCCAUGACGUUUUCCGUUAUAGUUUCCUUCACUGGCUCUAGGCUUGUAAAGUUGAUUGUAAAGCUGCUCCUUAGAUAGGUCGGCAGAACUUGGUAGCCUAACUUUGAACCCCCACUUCCAGGCUUAUCAAGUCAUGUAUCCCCAACCCCAGCCAUGUUUUGACAUGGACUGAAUUUUUGCGUUCGUUAUUACAUUAUCUCAUUUUGUCAGAUUGUUUUGUCAUUUUUCCUUGCCAUGUUUGUUGACUUACUGUUUUGAAGGACAGCUAUGUCCAUUUUUCCAAGACACCUGUGUAUGGAAUAAAUGAUGCAAAUCGCAU